CUUUCCUCCCAUUGAAACGCGGAGUAAACACCACCCACAGCUACCACUGCAGGGUUCUUUGCUGAGUGUGCUGCUGGACCGCGGCCAGUGGCCCGGCGGAUGCUACUUCCAGGUAUGUCACCUCGAAUUCAAGGGCUUCGUUGGUUUGAAGUGGUCCUGGCCCUAGGCUGUCCGGACCAGCAACCCGGAGUUGUCGUGCAAUGACGCUUCAACCUGGCUGGCUCUUGCCAGAGUUGUACAGGGGCACAACUGCGUACCUACUACCUUUGCGGCUGUCACUCCAGAGGAUGCAAUCGACGUCAGGUCAACUUCAAGGAUGAUUGUUCCGCCAAUUGAGCCACAACAAUUACCAACAUGCUGUUGAAGUUGAACCACCGUUGAAGUCAUGUUUCCCAUUGCUGUUGAAUUAAAUACCGAUGCAGACAUAUGCUAUCAAAAGGAAGGUGAGUCUCUGCAGAAUUCUCACAAUGUAUGCUGCUCGACGUGUUGUAGGGGCUACGGUCCCAAAGUUGGUGCGCCAACGCCCUUGCUGUGCUGCUUCUCUACGAACUAGAGCCCCAACCAUCCUCGGCUUACCACAGAAGGCCGUCUUCCAACCACGAUUCAUUUCUUCCACGAACAUCGAUGACAAAAUUAGCAAAAGCACAAUCUCAGGUAUACAAGGAGGAUCAGUCGUCAGUGUCAUCAAGCACGAUCAUGAAGAGUUGAAACAGUUUUAUGACACGAUCAAGGAGGCCAAAGACGAGGACACUAAAGUACGCUUCCAAAACCAGUUUACGUGGGAGCUUGCCCGACAUUCUAUUGGUGAAGAGCUUGUAGUGUACCCGGCCAUGGAGAAGUACGUGGAUGGCGGAAAAGAAAUGGCCCAAAAGGAUCGCGACGAGCACAACAAGGUCAAAGAGCAACUCUAUGAAUUCCAGGGCUUGAAGCCAUCGGACGACAAAUUCGAGUCGACGUUGGACUCUUUAUGGUCUACGCUUUCCAAGCACAUCGAGGAGGAGGAACAGCAUGACCUACCGGCCCUUGAGAAGGCACUUCCACAAGGCGAGGGCGACUCUCUAGCCAAGAGUUUCUCAAGAACCAAACUCUUUGUGCCUACUCGGAGUCACCCGAUGGCACCGGACAAGCCGCCCUUUGAAACCGUGGCAGGGAUCCUUGCUGCUCCCAUCGACAAGCUGGGCGAUUUGUUCAGGAAGUUCCCGCCGGAGGACACGAUUGGGAAAGCUUAAUAGGAUCGGGAUGCGGCUUCUGAAACACCUCAGUUGUAGGAUGCGGAGCCCUGGACGAAGAAGUCUGGAGGGGGUUUGCCAUGGGGAAAAUGGAAGGUCUACUCUCAGGCAUGCUUCUCCAUCGACAAAGCUACAGCCACAGUACUCUGCUUCAACUCUGCCCAAGUAUCAGGAGGAUAAUGUAAGUAGUAGUACUCGAUAACUUCAUAUUACAAUGGUGUAAGAGGUUCACAACCA